AGACGGCGAGCGCGGCGGUGGCGGCGGCCACGACCCAGACAGCUGGGGUUGUUGUUGUUCUCUGACCGGGGGACCGCCUCAGUCAGUUCGCCCAGAGACCAGAAGCUGUUCUGGUGGGGACCGGGAGGUCUUAUCCCCCUCUCUCGCGUCCCCAAAGCUGCGGCAGGACCUAGAGCGAAAACACCUGGCGGUUGGUCUCCAAUGCCCUUCAGUGAGGAGGGGGCGUCCGGACCCUGGUGAGCGCACUCCAGGGGUCCCUCUCGCAGACUCGGUGACUUCUCAGCCCCCCAGGCGUGCACACCCCUGUCUGGCUGCCAUGGCUGAAAAUGCAGAGGGGGACCUGAACUCCAACCUGCUGCACACCCGCUACCACACCGGGGACCCUCAGCUAGACACGGCCAUCGGGCAGUGGCUCCGUUGGGAUAAGAAUCCCAAAACAAAAGAGCAAAUUGAGAAUCUGUUACGAAAUGGGAUGAACAAGGAACUUCGAGAUCGUCUUUGUUGUCGGAUGACCUUUGGGACUGCAGGACUUCGUUCUGCCAUGGGCGCAGGGUUUUGCUAUAUUAAUGAUCUUACAGUAAUACAGUCAACACAGGGGAUGUACAAAUACCUUGAGAGAUCUUUCUCAGACUUCAAGCAGAGAGGCUUUGUUGUUGGGUAUGACACCCGGGGUCAAGUAACUAGCAGCUGCAGCAGCCAGAGGCUUGCUAAACUCACUGCUGCAGUCUUACUAGCUAAAGACGUGCCUGUGUACCUUUUUUCAAGAUACGUUCCUACACCUUUUGUACCGUAUGCGGUUCAGGAGCUCAAAGCAGUUGCAGGUGUGAUGAUUACUGCAUCUCAUAACCGCAAGGAAGAUAAUGGAUACAAGGUUUAUUGGGAAACUGGUGCCCAGAUCACAUCUCCUCAUGAUAAAGAAAUUCUGAAAUGUAUAGAAGAAUGCGUGGAACCCUGGAAUGGUUCCUGGAAUGAUAACUUAGUGGAUACCAGCCCACUGAAGAAAGAUCCUCUGCAGGACAUUUGUAAAAGAUACAUGGAAGAUCUGAAAAAGAUCUGUUUUUACAGGGAAAUAAACUCAAAGACCACCUUGAAAUUUGUUCAUACAUCUUUUCAUGGUGUUGGACAUGACUACGUACAGUUGGCUUUUCAAGUGUUUGGUUUUAAGCCCCCAAUUCCAGUACCAGAACAAAAAGAUCCUGAUCCAGACUUUUCUACAGUUAAAUGCCCAAAUCCUGAAGAAGGAGAAUCUGUGCUGGAACUUUCUCUGAGACUAGCAGAGAAAGAAAAUGCCCGUAUUGUUGUAGCCACAGACCCCGAUGCAGACCGACUGGCAGUGGCAGAACUUCAGGAAAAUGGUCAUUGGAAAGUUUUCACAGGCAAUGAAUUGGCUGCUUUGUUUGGAUGGUGGAUGUUUGACUGCUGGGAGAAAAAUAAAUCAAGAAAUGCUGAUGUGAAGAAUGUUUAUAUGUUAGCCACCACAGUCUCUUCUAAAAUUCUGAAGGCAAUUGCACUUAAAGAAGGAUUUCAUUUUGAAGAAACAUUACCAGGUUUUAAAUGGAUUGGAAGUAGAAUAAAAGACCUCCUGGAAAAUGGGAAAGAAGUCCUUUUUGCAUUUGAAGAGUCUAUUGGUUUUCUGUGUGGGACAUCAGUGUUGGAUAAAGAUGGGGUCAGUGCAGCUGUUGUUACUGCUGAGAUGGCAUCUUACCUUGAAACCAUGAACAUCACAUUGAGACAGCAACUGAUUAAGGUUUAUGAAAAAUAUGGUUAUCAUAUUUCAAAAACUUCGUAUUUCUUGUGUUACGAUCCACCUACCAUCAAAAGUAUAUUUGAAAGACUUCGCAAUUUUGAUUCUCCAAGAGAAUAUCCGAAAUUUUGUGGGGAAUUUGCUAUAUUGCAUGUACGGGACAUUACCACUGGAUAUGACAGCAGCCAGCCUAAUAAGAAAUCAGUGCUGCCUGUGAGUAAAAACAGCCAAAUGAUUACUUUUACUUUUCAAAAUGGUUGUGUUGCUACUCUUCGGACAAGCGGGACAGAACCAAAGAUAAAGUAUUAUGCAGAAAUGUGUGCGUCACCUGACCAGAGUAACACUGCCUUACUGGAAGAAGAGCUGAAGAAACUCAUUGAAGCUCUGAUUGAGAAUUUUCUUGAGCCCAGUAGGAAUGGACUGAUCUGGCGUUCUGUUUAGUCGUACACCGGUACUCUCGUUACUUUGCACUGGCAUAUGGAACAGAACAACCAAGAACUUCAUGUAUUGAAUCUUGUGUUAGCAUUCUUUCUGUCUUUCAUCGGGUCAAGUAUUUUUUUCCCUUUUUUCUUCUUUUUGGUAAACUAAACACACUGUAUAAAUUUGAAAUGGUAUUCUUUUACAUAGAAUCUAGAACCAAUACUGUAUAAACAAACUAGAAGGAAAUGACUCAGAUUUUUCCAUAAUCUUGAACAAAAGUCAUUACAUUAAAAGUAUUAUAGUAAUAUGUUAUUCUUCCUUUAACAGAAACAUAACAAUAUAAAAGUGAGUUUUCUUAUUAAAGUCUGAUUAAGCUUAGUUCCAUAUUCUUGUAGUUGUGUAUAGCACGGUUUAAAAAAAAAAAAAGCAGGUAAAUGUUUUACAAUUGUAGAGUUAGCUAAAUGAAGUCAGUGAGAAAAUGGCACUGCUCCCAGAUUGCUGUUGUAAAGUGUCAUUGUUAUAUCACAGGUAUUAAUGUACAAAAUAGAGUAUUUAAAAUAGAAUGUUUAGAAUUUCUCCUUUAGAACAGAUGUUACAAUAUGUGGUUUCAGCACCUCUGUUUCAGGUGCUUUUGGCGUAGUAUGUAUGUAAGUGUUUAAAAUUCUGACGUUUACUGAACAUAGAACAAUAGUGGCAACACUUCUAGUGACUUUGUUCUUGUCAGAGUUUCAGUGCCUUCCCAGGGGUCUGGUAUGAACUAAAACAAUGUUCCUGCAUUGGAUGUAAUUUAACCAGCUAAUUUUGGGCCAGUUAAGGAAAAUCUUCCAAACUAUAUAUGUGCUUCCCCAGUAUAUCGAAGGUCCACUGAUUUAAAAAUCAAUCAAGAUCUUAACAAAAGCAGGCUUAAUGGAACCUUAAUUAAGGGUCUUCCUGUAAAAAUUGUCAAUUAUCAUAACCUUUAAGUAAAGAAAAAAAUCUGAACUGAGAAAGGAGCUCGAAAUUUAUUUAGAAGUCUAACUUUUGACUUAAGUUUUUAUGUAGCUUAUUUCUUUAUCUGAUGAAGUAAAGAUAACUUACUAAAAAAUAAAACAUCAAGAUUUAAGUAUUGUGAAACACUUAAAACUACAUGUUUUAAAAACUAAGGUCCAGUUUAUUCUAACAUUUUGCUGGCUACUGCAGAAUUUCUGAUCACAUAACUACUACUUUUUUAAUGUAGAAAAAUAUUUGUUGGAAGGUCACUGUUGAUUCUGCAGUCUUUUGAAAAAGACUUAAUAAAGAAGUGCUGUUUAAUCUUCUUAAAGUGUAUCCUGUCCUGUAGGUUACAGCAUCCUUUAACACAUGGGAUAAACGUACAUAAGAAGUAACAAGAACAAGGCCUUGGGUAUAAUAAAACUAAAUGAACUGCCUAUAGAAAAUAGCACUGGCUUUAGAGAAUUUGUUUUAAAAAAUUAAUAUAAAAUUUGAACUGAUUAGAAUGUUCAUUAAAUCAUUGUUUGGUUUGCCACAGCUGUCAGCUAAUAUUUGGUUGAGCUCAUAUAAUCCAAGUAUAGUUUUCAAAUUAUUGUAUUGCCACUAUUGUUAAUUUGUUCCUUGCUUACUUUCAUAUAGCUGGAUCUUGUAUGACUAUAGAUAAUAGACAGCUAGUUAAAAUGUAGAGCAUCAUUUGACCGAAUGAGCUUGUUUUCAAAGGCUUUGCACUGAAGAAGAAACCCAUAGAAUCUUUUGGUUUAUUUGCUUUUAGGAAUGUAUAUUGUAAUUUAAGAAAUGGCCUGUGUUCUACAGAGUGGUGUGAACAAUGCUUAUAUAUGUGAAAAAAUAUGUAUAUUUGUGUUUUACUAUCUGUGUUUCGGUGACUGAAGAACAGAGUGGAGCUAAAAUGAUUACAAAAGCCCAUUCAUAAUCACUAAAGCCAUGUCAUGAUUUUCAUUCUGUUAUGAAGAAAACAAGGAGCCCUGGGGACAUAGUGGUUAAAGAACUCGGCUGAGGACUGAAAGGUUGGCAGUUCAAACCCACCAGCUACUCCACAGGAGAAAGAUAUGUCAGUCUACUUCCAUAAAGAUUACAGCCUUCAAAACCCUAUGGGGCAGUUCUUCUCUGUCCUAUAGGGUCGCUAUGAGUUGGAAUCGACUCAAGGGCAAAGGGCAGGGCACGAAGAAAACAGUUUUAUUUGGGUACUUUAAUGUAAUGCAACAGUUGGGUCAUCUUAAGGUGAGAAGUUAUUGAAGCUUGGAAUAUUAUUUCAGAAUUUAAAAACACAAAGUUAAAAUUAACAAAAGCUUACAAAUGUUCCUAAAGUGUAUAUAUGGAAGGAAUUACUUGAUUUUAGCCAAGCUCUUGAGUGUGUCUGAGCAUGACAUUUAACAGGAACUAGACACAGUGGGUGCGCACUGUCCAAGAGGCUAAAGUCAGUGAUCACCCAAGCCAGCCAGAAGAGACAAAAGUGCUAGCAGGUAAGUAUCAGCCUUGGGCACUGCAUCAUUUAUCCUUUUCUUUCAUGAACAAUAUCAUGGAAAUGAAUGCUUCCUCAUUGAGUGUGUAGAGCAGAACUGGAUUUUUCUAGAGCUUUGGGGAAAAAGAAAGAAUUAGUGGGGCAAGAUCAAAGCAUAAAUUGGAGAUAAAUGGUAGAAAUUAAUAGAAAGGACGGUAAGGCAACAGGAAAUGCUACUUGUGAAGGGCAAACCUAUCACCCUAAAAGUAGGCAAUAAACUGAGUGUGAGUUGUUUACUUGUGUUGAUUUGGUAUAAUGAUGAGCGGAUGUUGAGCCUAUUGGUGUCCUUUCUUAGUGAUCCUUAAAAAGAGGCCGAGUUUUCAGAGAUGAUUCAGUUCAUGCUAGGAUGUUGUGUCUGAGGGUGGUAUGAGAACUCGGGAGGGGAUGUGACAGGAAUAAACAGGAAUAAAACAUAGAUUGGAAUAAAACCUGUUAAGGAAAAGCUCAAGGAAUUAAGAUCAUUUAACUGAAGAAGAGAAAGCUUUUGAGAUAGUUUAAUAAGUCUCAAGUUAUUAAUUGAGGCUUUUAUUGAAGAACUUAAAGUAAGAAGUAAUAUAACAAACUUAUCCAUCUCCGGUGAGGACAGAACAAGAAGCAAUAGGGAAUCUUCAAAAAAAAAAAAAAAAAAAGGAGGGGG